AUGGGUCAGAUCUCUAGUAUGGCAGCCAUUGGCCGGACUCUCCACAGAGGGGUUAUGGUUUUUCUGAACUUGAGCUUUGGAGGUGGAGGUCACACCAAAGCCAUCCUGAGGGCCUCUCCUGAAGUGACAGUAGUGGCCCUAGACCGAGACCCCACAGCAUUCUGCUUAGCUCAACAGCUGGCCAAGGAACACAGUGGCCGGGUGCAACCGUUGCUCAGACGUUUCAGUGAGCUGGGAGCCCUGCUGUCUAGACUGAGGUUUCAGCCAGGUAGUGUGGAUGCUGUUCUUCUGGAUACUGGCUGCUCCUCCAUGCAGAUGGUUCCCGAGAGAGGCUUCUCCCUCAGUAAGGAUGGCCCUCUGGACAUGAGGAUGGAUGCAGAUAGGUACCCCGACAUGCCCUGCGCCGCUGACGUUGUGAACGCCUUAGAUCAACAGGCGCUUGCAUCCAUCCUCACUGCCUAUGGGGAGGAGAGGCAUGCCAGGAAAAUAGCCUCUGCCAUGGUGGAGGCACGCAGUGUCUACCCCAUCACCCGGACACAGCAGCUGGCCAGCAUGGUGGCAGGAUCUUUUGCAGCCAGCGCUCUCUAUGCCCGCAAAGAUCGGCUUCAGCGACCCUCACACGUUGCCACCAAGACAUUUCAGGCGCUGCGUAUGUUUAUCAAUGAUGAGCUGAAUGACCUGCAUGCUGGACGCUGCACUGCUCUGACAUGCUUAAUGCUUAAACCUGGCGGCCGCCUCUGUGUGCUGACCUUCCAUUCACUAGAGGACCGCAUGGUAAAGCGUUUUCUCCAUGGAGAGGAUGUAGGUGCCCCACCCCGUCGGAGUGUCCAUCAGAGAGUCCAGCGAUGGGAGGAAGAGGAGGAGGAAGAAGAGAAGGGUGGGGAAAAGGACAGUGGUCACUGGAUUGACCUGCAGAGAGGGGUGCUGAUGCCACAGGCAGAAGACAUACUGGAGAACCCAUGGGGACGCUCAGCCAAACUCAGGGCAGCAUUCAAACAAUAA